AUGAAGUUUGAUCUACCGCUGCUGGAUUACAAGACGAGAUUUGCACUGUGGCAAGUCAAGAUGCGGGCGAUUCUGGCACAAUCUUCGGAUCUUGAUGAGGCGCUGGACGGUUUCGUAGGAAAAGGGCAGAAGUCAUGCACCGCUGAAGAGAAGCGGAAGGAGCGUAAGGCUCUGUCUCUGAUUCAACUUCAUCUACAUAAUGAUAUUUUGCAAGAAGUGCUGCCCGCAGAACUUUGGCUCAAGCUGGAAUCGAUUUGCAUGUCUAAGGAUCUAACCAGUAAGAUGCACAUAAAGAUGAAGUUGUUCAUGCACAAGCUGCAAGAAUGUGGUUCAGUGAUGAACCACUUAUCGAUCUUUAAGGAGAUCGUUGCCGACCUAGUGUCGAUGGAGGUAAAAUAUAAUGAUGAAGAUUUAGCUCUUCUACUGUUAUGCUCACUGCCUACUUCGUUUGCAAAUUUUCGAGAUACCAUACUAUUAAGCCAUGAUGAACUAACCCUUGUGGAAGUAUAUGAGGCCCUCCAGACGAGGGAGAAGAUGAAAGGAGAUGUUCUAAUUGUUUUUGUUGGUUGUGUUGCUGGUCGUGAUGAAUGGAUACUUGAUUCUGCAUGCUCGUUUCAUAUAUGCUCUAACAGAGAUUGGUUCAAUUCUUACAAGUCUGUGCAGAGUGGAGAUAUCGUGCGUAUGGGAGAUAACAACCCACGUGAGAUCGUGGGCAUUGGCUCCAUUCAGAUCAAGAUGCAUGAUGGCAUGAUAUGCACACUGAAAGAUCAUAUGUGUCUUGGGCAUAUGAGUGAACUUGGUAUGGUAGAAUUGAUCCAGAGAGACCUACUGGAUGGCUGCACUGUGGGUAAGAUGAAGUUCUGUGAGCACUGUGUUUUUGGUAAGCACAAGAGGGUAAAAUUCAAUGCAUCUGUUCAUAUCACCAAAGGUACACUUGAUUAUGUACAUGCUGAUUUGUGGGGGCCGUCUCGUAAGCCCUCUUAUGGUGGUGCUCGUUACAUGCUUACCAUUAUUGAUGAUUACUCUAGAAAAGUGUGGCCUUACUUUCUAAAAAAUAAAGAUGAUACUUUUGCUGCUUUUAAAGAGUGGAAAGUUAUGAUAGAAAGACAAACUGAAAAGAAGCACUCACCUCCUGUUUUACAACCUCAAAAUCAGUCUAUUGCAGAUCACAGAACAAAGAGGAGUUGUGGACCUCGUCCAUGUUUAAUUGAGGAAUGUGAUAUUGUUCAUUAUGCCUUUAGUUGUGCUGAACAUGUUGAGAACAUUCAUGAGCCGGCUACGUACACUAAAGCUGUUGUUUCUAGUGACCGCGAGAAGUGGAUUUUCGCUAUGCAAGAAGAGAUGCAUUCACUUGAGAAAAAUGGCACAUGGGAUGUUGUGCGUUGCCUAAACACAAGAAGGCCGUUCGUUGCAAAUGGAUCUUGA